CAGUUCUCUAAGUGAACUCUUCGAAGAUGCUUCGAGCUUGGUUUAUUUUAAUCGCUGUUUCCUGUUUAUCCUUUGCCAAUAAGAAUGUACUGAAAGUGCCGCUCUAUGCUGCGGAAAAAGUAUAUGGAAGUGAUCUUUUCUUCGCCAGAAACCUAACCAAAGGAAGUGAGACCCUUAACCUGAAGCUGCAGACCCACACAAAUCUGGCAUAUUAUGGAAACAUUUCCAUGGGCACGCCCAGGCAACACUUCUGUGUGAUCUUCGACACUGGAUCUUCGAACACCUGGCUGCCCUCUAUCAACUGUCCAAAGAGCAAUCUAGCCUGUCAGAGCCACAAAAGAUACAAUUCUUCGCGAUCCACUAGUUACACUCCCGAUGGACGCAACUUCACCCUGCGCUAUGGCUCCGGCAGAGUGGUUGGUUACCUAUCCAAGGACACCCUGCACUUCGCCGGAGCUGAUCUACCCGGCCUGAUCUUCGGAGAAAGCCUGUUCGUGCAACACUUUGCCUUUACCUCCGUGAGAUUUGAUGGCCUGGUGGGCUUGGGUCUGGGCGUUUUAGCCUGGUCUAAUACGACACCAUUUCUGGAACUCCUGUGCACCAAAAAGGUGAUUGAGAAAUGCGUAUUCUCCGUUUACCUUCGACGACAUCCUCGAGAUACUCCUGGCGGAGAGAUACUCUUUGGCGGCUUUGAUAGAACAAAAUUUGAAGGAAAACUUCAUUACGUGCCAUUAAGCUUGGGGAACAGCUGGAAUCUAGAAAUAACCAAAACAGCCGUGGGAACUAAGGAAAUAGGAGGAAAAAGCAAUGCCAUUUUGGAUACGGGCACGUCGCUGGUUUUAAUGCCCCAAGAAUCGUACGAUAAUCUGCUAAAAGUCUUAUCAGCUAAAGUGGAAAAUGGCUAUAAGGUACUGACGUGUGAGACCAAAUCUCUGCCCAACAUCAACAUACUCAUCGGAGGCAAGGUAUUUCCCCUGACGCCCGACGAUUAUCUGAUGGAGUUGACACUGGGUCGUAAAAAGCUGUGUGUACUGGCCAUUGCUCCCAUUAACAGGGGAUUUUGGGUGCUGGGGGAUGUCUUUCUGGGCCGAUAUUAUACGGUUUAUGAUGCCACAGCCAAGAGAAUUGGACUGGCCAAGGCGGUGAAAGGGGGUAAAUAAAAAUAAACAGUGGUCUAAUUCAAAUGAACAUAAUUAUUGUUGUCUGUAUGCGAUUACAAAUACAUUUUUUGUGAAUUAAAAAGAAAGGUAUAUAAAAUAUUCUGUUAAUAAAUUAAGAUGUUAGGUUAAAGCCAAUUCGUUAAAUAAAAUGAACAACAAAGUUAAAACCAACAACCAAUUAUCUUAUUAUUUUAUUUUAUAUUAGGCUUUAUAAUUGUGGUUUGUUAUUUUCCACCUUAUUAUGGUCUGAUUUAAAACAGUAUAAACAGUAUCUUUGUAUCUGUAUAGACCACUGCUCGCACAAUUUAAUUUGGUAAUUGGCAAUUGCUUUGUUUAUUCAAUUAAAUGUA